AUGGAGAAUAUUGACAUUAAUCCCAAAGUUUCUUCAGACUUUAUUUCGUCUGAUAUUGGACAAAAAAUUUUUAUGAUGCUCAGUAGUCCAAAUCAUAAAAACCUUGUCCAUGUUCAAAGAAGUAUAGAACCAAUUGUAAAAGUUAAUAACAAACCUCCUUCGAGUGUUAGUUCUAAUAUCACUUCUAUGCGAAAAACAAUUCCCAAGGUACCUAGAACAGGGAAUAACGUUAUAAAUAAACAAGCUCCUACGUCGAGUAAUCGCUCAACACAUAUUCAAAAUUUUACCCAUCGUGACGAGCAACGCUUUUCUAGAAUAAAUCAGCAACGUCAACGGCAACAAAAUAAAUUGCAUAAGAAGCGAAUUAAUGAUCAGAGACAACUUGCUGCGGCUUCUCGAAAUUCUAGAGAUGAAGAUUAUUCGGACGAUGGUUUCGAUUUGAAACAAGCUGAUUUAAGAUUACUAAGGCUUGUAAAGAGAGAGCUUCUUAAUUACAUUGAAGAAAUUCCAUCAAAGAAAUUAAAGAGUGGUGAACUCACAGCGACAGAGAUCAGACCUUAUAUUAGAGAAAUUCACUUUCCUAGAUUCAAAAAGUAUUUGCUUAAUAAGGGAAUACGAGCUCCUAGUGAAAUGAUACUUAGGUGUAUUAAAGACCUUCAUAUUUCUCGUCGUGACGUGUGGCUCAAGAAACAAAGGAAGUUACGUGAAGAACGUUCCCAAGAACAACUUGAUGGCGCAGAGGCUCUGCCACCUAGGACAGACGGCUACGUAGCAUUUAAAUCAAAAAUGAUUCGUGAAUAA